AUGCCCCUCCAAGCCCUCAGUGUUCCCCGCACUGCUGCCCGCAUGGUUCCCCUUGGCCCUGUGGGUGGUCUCGCUGUCGGGCUCUACCUGGAGGCUGCCUGCGGUCUCAGGAAAAGCUUUCUGGUCGCCGAUGGGGGGUUUUGUGCUGUUCUGCCCGGCGAUUGA